UUCGCGUUGCAACGCAACCAUCUUAGCUCCAGACUACAUUAUAUUUUUUUGGCGUCGUCUUCGAGUAACGAGCGUGUUUGGCAAAAUAUAAAAUCAAAAUAUAGCUAUACGGAAGAGAUAUUUGUUUAUUUCCCGACAAUGAGAGACUCGGUGGCACAUGCGAGUCCGGCAGCGGCGGCAGCAACCACGCAAAAGUGGAUUGUUUGCCGGGUUUGUCUUCAGCAGCCAAAGGAACCCAUGGCGAGCAUUUUCAACGAUGAUUCCGAGAAGGAUUUGACCAACAUGAUCCGUGAGUGCGGCGGAGUGCCCAUCAAGCAGUUUGAUCACUAUCCUGACAAGAUAUGCGAGAAGUGCUUCAGGGUGCUUAAAAUGGCUUUUAAGUUUCGCGAGACGUGUCAGCGAUCAUAUGGACAUCUGCGGCAGUUUGUGGGCCCCGUUGAGGUAGAGCAGCGAACGCCGGAGAAGAAAAGUCCAGAAUCAGCCCCCAAAGUGGAGCAGGAGCCAGAGGAAGUUGUGCAAGAGCAGGAACACGAGGAAGAAGAGGAGGAGGAGGACCUGGACGAUAGUCAAUACGUUGUAGGCGAGGCGGAGGAGUCUACGGAAGUUCAGGGCGUCUUUCACGACGAUCUGGAGGAGGGCAUCCUUGUGGAACUGGAAAAAAAUCGCAUUGUGCACGUGAAAAACGAACAGGUCGAGGAGGAUGGCAUCAUCGAGGAAGUGUACGAUGUGUACGAGACCUACGAGGGGGACAUCAUAACAGAGCAGGGUACCUACGAGCAGGAAAUGGUCGAUCAUUCGCUCUCCGAACUUUCAGCUGAUAUCGAAUACUUGGAUCAGGUCGAUCAGGAUCAAUUGACUGAAAGCGCCCACGAGGACGAGGCGGAUAGUGAUUUGAACUCAGCAGAGGAAAAGUUCAUCCCCACCAAAAAUAUUUUAGAGGAAAAGUUCAUCCCCACCAAAAAUAUUUUAGCAACAAUCAGUGCUCGAGGAACCAGUAAGCGAAGAACCAACUCACGCAGGGCAACGUCAUCAGCAUCGGUAACUGCAGCAUCGGGAACCUCGAAAAUUACCGCUCGAGGUGGCCUCGUCAAAGUGCGGAGGGAUAAUGGCGAUGCGGCUGCCACCAAUAUCGUCAUGAAAACCGAAGACGGCGUCUCCAUUGGCGAAGCACUGGCGCGAAAGCAUGCUGGCAUUAAAACGAAGGGCGGCCACAAGAUUCUCGUCGGGGAGAAGAAGGAGUUUAAGUACAUCUGCGAUGUCUGCGGCAACAUGUAUCCUUCCCAGAGUCGCCUCACCGAGCACACCAAGGCUCACUCCGGCGUUAAGCCCCACGAGUGCGAAAUCUGUGGCCACUGCUUUGCGCAAGCUCAGCAAUUGGCGAGGCACAUGAACACCCACACUGGAAAUCGACCGUACAAGUGCAGCUACUGCCCGGCAGCAUUUGCAGAUCUGUCCACCCGCAACAAGCACCACAGGAUCCACACCAAUGAGCGUCCCUAUGAGUGCGAUGUGUGCCACAAGACAUUUACCUACACCAACACCUUAAAGUUCCACAAGAUGAUUCAUACGGGGGAGAAGCCCCAUGUUUGUGAUAUCUGCGGAAAAGGCUUUCCGCAGGCGUACAAGCUGCGUAACCACCGUAUCAUCCACGAGCGGAGAGGCCAAUCCUCACGGGAUUCCGUUGGCGGUAUGAUGCCUUACGAUACAGCCAACAUUGUGGGCCUGGAAAUUUAAGUUUUGAGCGAGGACCCCUUGUCGUCCCAAAGCGUCGACACUCUUUAACCAUAAAACAGAGACACACGCGUGUAAUUAUACAUCUAAGUAUAUUGAUGAAAUUUAAGCCUAGCCUAAUUAUGCGGAAAUAAAUUAAGUAUAGCUGCGCAGA